UCGAGCGAUGCCAAGUUCGAUGAACAUCGAGGUUGUCUACUAAUGACCACAUCUGCUUGUAGGUGGUCGACACUUCCCCCCAUAGCUGAUCAUCGCCGCCUAACUUCUGCAACCUUGUGUGCCAUCUCAUUCCAAAUUUCCUUCGUCAAACUGUAAUCAGCAAACAAUGGACGUGUAGCACUUGUAAAUGCCUUUUCAAUGUCGGCGACGACACGCAAUCUAAAACUGAAUUGUUUGGCUUGGGUGCUACAGAUAUCAGAAUCGUAUUGAGUGCCCAAUCACUUGCUUCUGCCCGCCGACUCUGGAACGGCCCAGCAAACUUAUGAGGAUGUCCAUUAACUUGUAUGAAACCUGGUGACACACUGACAUUGUUUCCCGACUCCGUAUCCAGGCGGUAUGAUCAGGCUUUAUAUUCCGUUUCCAGGCUUCCAGAUCACCUCCGACUCGGUUGUCACCACUGCACGCAUGUUUCCGACAAAAAUCAUGCGUUUGUACCACUCGUCCUCGUUCGAUCAAGUUACUUACAGCAUUCGUACCUGCAGUUUGCAAGGCACAAUUGCUCUUUCCCGACUGUUUGAUCACGGCAAUUCUACAAUCCCUUGAUCAUGAUUUGAGAAUCAGGUAACGCAAAUAUCGUACUCGCCGUAUAUUUGAUUACGAGAUUGUGAUUGACAAUAUUAGCGGCCUGUGGAAAACAUUUCCGCCUCGGGCUCGAAAUAUUGAUCUGUAUGAAUGUUACAUUCAACGGGUAUCCGUUGCUUGUUGUUCAUUCGGGGGCACCUCGAAUCACUUCGAGCAAAUAUAUAAGGCGGGAAAGGCUGGUCGUGGAUAGUCCAUCCAAAGCAGCCGUAAUUACGUGGUCUUCCUCAUCAUUGCCUUGUGCUUUUUCGCCAGCCUCACUGCCAGCGCAGGAUUUACUGUUGCUACAGCUCAUAUCGAAGAUCGAUUGGCGACACGAACUCUCCCUUACACAGAUUGAUCUGGAAAGAAGAGUAUUCUACUCUGUUCUUUUCCUAGUCAGGGAGCGCCACUCUCAGCCUAUUCCAACACUUGGCUCCAUAGCAAGCAUUUCCUCGGUAUCAAUCAACGAUAUACGAUCGACCAUGUGUUAUUACCACGCCUACAGUCACCGAUGCGGUCAUACAGAAAUGGUAUUCCAGCAACUCUGUCAGAAGGCCCAGAUGAUCCAGAACAAGUGCCCUCGUGGCCAGGAAGGUAUCAUUUUGACGACAGUCAUGGUGGAGACCCCAUGUUCUGGGUGUACAAAGUGAUUGCGUGAGACGAGUUUGGCAGUGGGAAAGGAAUGAAUUGAUAGGUGUGGGCGAUUCAGAAUGGAACUUAUGAAAAAGAAAAAGAAAAGUUGAGAUAUUUGUUUGCUUUUCUGCUCCUUUUUUGUGGAUUGCAUCUGCUGUAUUGGCGCCACAGGCCCCCUCCUCGCGGUGGGGGCGGAUGGUAGCAAAUAUGUCGUUCAUUAUGAUAUGUUUAGAUUAUAUUCUCCUGAAUCACUUGUUAUAGGAAGUUGGGAUUCAAUCAAAAUACAUUUCUUUUCGGAGCAUGUUGGAAUGUUUCAUAUAAGGAUGCUUAGCAUCUCACAAUUCUCCCUUGCUUCUGAGAUUGAU